AUGCGCCUCUCUGCUCUUCUCAUCGCCCUGGGCGCAGCCCUGCCAGUGCUAUCCUGCGACGAUGACGGCUGCUACGGGCCUCAGAACGAUGUCGUCCAGACCCGUCAUGUGCGCCGCAUGCAACCUGAGGCUAGCAAUGCCACCGCCGGGCCCAAGGCUCCGUUGGAGUGGGGUCAGAUCAAUUUCUUGCAUACCACCGACACGCAUGGCUGGCUUGAGGGCCAUAUCAAAGAGCAGAAUUACGGGGCGGAUUGGGGAGAUUAUGUUUCUUUUGCGGCAGCCAUGAAGAAGAAGGCGAAGCAAACGGGCAUUGAUCUUUUGCUUAUUGAUACCGGUGACCUGCAUGAUGGCAACGGCGUCUCGGAUGCUACGAGCCCCAAUGGCCUCCUCUCAAAUCCAAUCUUCGAAAAUAUCGACUAUGAUUUGCUCGCCAUUGGCAACCAUGAAUUAUAUGUAACGGAGAUUGCCUACGAGCACUUCAAUCAAUUCGCCAAGGUCUAUGGAGAUCGAUACUUGACGUCCAAUGUCCAGAUAAUCAACCCUUCCACUGGAAAAUUUGAGUAUAUUGGUCAUCAGUAUCGUUACUUCACCACUGAGCAAGGCCUCCGCAUUAUGGCUUUCGGUGUUCUCUUUGACUUCAUUGGUAACUCAAAUGUUUCCAAAGUCAUCCCAGCUGCAGAGAUGGUCAACCAGGCCUGGUUCUUAAAUGCUAUAAACUUCGAAAAGCCCGUUGAUAUGUUUAUACUCAUCGGACACAACGCUGUACGGCCGACCGUUAGCAGUAGUACCAUGGGUACUGUUUUCAAUGCUAUUCGGAAAGCUAACCCUUCCACUCCGAUCCAACUGUUCGGCGGCCAUACCCACAUUCGAGACUUUGUGGUUUACGACGACAAAGCUACAGGUCUUGAGUCAGGGCGGUACUGUGAAACACUCGGCUGGCUCUCGAUAACUGGUCUUGCUGCCAAUGGGACCUACAAAGCUAAACAGCCCCAGAAUCUUCCAGCACCUACACGUGCAGCUGUUGCAACUGGAUCUAGUGCGGUUGCCACUGAUACCCCUGUCUCAACAACAUCAUCGACAUUGCGUUACUCCCGCCGUUACCUGGACUGGAACAGAUGGACGUUUGCCUACCACGCCGAAGGAAGUCAAAACAAGCCCUUUGACAACCAAAACGGAAAGGCCGUCACUGCGAACAUCACUGAUACUCGUAAACAGCUAAACAUAACCUCUGUCCUCGGCUGUGCACCUCAAACGUGGUGCAUUUCUUGUAAACCUUUCGGUGAUGAUGGUAACAUCUUCACCUUGUUACCUGAGGCCCUGUCGACAGUGGUUUACAAUGAGUCUCGCGUUGAUACUCCCAGGAUUAUCUUUACCAAUACUGGAAGUGUACGGUUCGACUUGGUCCAAGGGCCCUUCACUUACGAUGAUUCCUUCAUUGUUAGCCCUUUCACAAAUACCUUCAGAUACAUCCCAACUGUACCUUGGGAGUACGCAUCACAAGUUCUCAGUAUCAUGAACGGCGGCCCUUACCAGAAGAAGCGUAAUCUUGCAACUCAGGACUUCAGUUUCAGCCCCAUGGCUCUACUCGACCAGGACAGCUGCAUCGAUCCACCUAUCACACACAACCAUUUGAGUUCACGAUCAUACACCGGCGGCCAGUUGCUUCGCCGACAAGAAGCUAACGCCCCUGGUUACACCACCAAGGAUGAUUUCGGCACUGAUGGCGAUGACACCCCGCAUUCCUCCAUCCCCUCAUACGACCUACCUAUUGAUAUCCAGGCCAACGCAUCUUUUCCGGUUGACGGCAGCGAUCCAGAUGCUAUCGAUGUUGUCUAUGUGGAUUUUAUCGAAGACUAUAUUGUAAAUGCAUUGAACGAGGCCGGAGGAGCUUUCAGCACGGCAGACACGGCGGCUUAUUUGCCAGAGAGCUACACGAGCAAUAUGGUCUUGCCUGAUUACGCGAAGCUGCGGUGGCAGGACAAUAUCGAUGAUUGUCCUGUUGGUGCGGGAGUGGGCUACUGA